AUGAGAUUUUGGUUUUGCGCGUUACUGGGAUUAUAUUUCUUCCCCACCAUUUGGGCUGAAUGUUUAAGUGAGUCAUGUGCCCAACAGCUUAUGGAGACGCUGGAUAUGAAAUAUCAUCAAACGGCAAAGAAAUUGAGUUUAUAUCCCGAUUUCGAGGUGGGAGCGGAAGUGGCACUGCGUAAUGACCUACUACCGCUUUUGGCAUCAAUGCGAAAAUUCGAUUGGCAAAAUUUUGCAGAUCCUCUGCUAAAGCGACAAUUUGAAAUAUUAUUACGAGAUCUAAAAUAUCCCGAAAUUUCAAUGAAAUUCCGGAGACACACUUACAUUUUGAGAACAGUGGGAAAACAAAAAUUCACCUGCGAUCGUAGCAGGCCCAACAAAUGUAAAUUGAUAUCCUAUAUACGACACAUAAAACCGAUUAUUACCAAUAGCAAUGAUCCCGAUGAAAUAAAGUGGUAUUGGCGUGAGUGGCGCAAUCAUCUGCCAGAUGAAAUUAAAAAUGCCUUGAAUUUCUAUGUAGAUUAUUAUCUAAAUUUGUCAAUGGAAGCUUCGGCAAGGCCAUCAGCCAUUUGGUAUGAACGUUAUGAUAAUCCGAAUUUUCUCGAAAAUUUGGAAGAAUAUAUGAAAACAAUUGAACCGCUUUACAGAGAAUUACAUGGCCAUUUGAGAGAAGCUUUAAGGAUGAAAUAUGGACCUGAAGUAAUACCUCCUUCAGGUUUGAUACCCCACCACUUUUUAGAACAGGCUCUCUAUCAGUCGUGGAAGAAAGAAUCGAUUUUAGAAAAUCCUUAUCCGCAUAAGAAAAUGCCCAACCUCUUACCGGAGCUCAGAGGGAAGAGAUGGAAACCAAUGGAUUUAAUCGAGAUGAGUGGUGGAUUUUUUGAAUCUAUGGGUUUUCCAGCAUUUUCGGAGUAA